AAAUUUAAUCGCAUGGUGUUGUAUAUGCGUUUUCAAUAAAUUUAUUAGCUCAGGUAUAAGUGGACGGAGAAAGUCAGAAUAAAUUUUUUCGUAAUUAAUAUUUUUAGCGUAGUACUACACGAUCUUCCUAUUUGCAGACGACGAAAUUUCAUUAAACUCAGGGGAUUUAACGAGGUCCAUACGCGCUUUCUUCGCCCUAGCAGCCGACACGGUAUUGACCGUCGAAACGCGUUUACCAUUUUCACCAGUAGUGUAAGAUUCUUUAACAAAAAAAAAAAAAAGAAAACUAAUUAAUAUCUACUGCGUUAAAUUUAAUGUUGAAUCUAUUAAAUUUCUAAUUAAUAUCACGUCUGAUAAAUAAAAUCUACUGAUGUAUUUAUUUAAAAAAAAAAAAAAAAAAAUCUACGGAAGAAAAUCGGUGGGUCUUUUACAAAUCUAAUAAAUUCAUCGCUAAUAAAUAAAACUAACCUGUAUCGGCGUCAUGCAUUUCAUAUGCAUCCAUUGCGAACAUACAAAUAUCAUCUUCAGUUAACACGUGCGAUCCGCCAGCCGGGACAUCUGGUACAAAAAUUUGAGGUGCUAUCUGGAUCUGAGGAGCGAUAGGAGGCGCAUACCGAAUAACGCUCUCUCGUGCGGCGGGUUGACGAUGUGCGGGCACGUUAAUGAUAUCUUGAAAAAAUUAUUAUAAAUUAAUAUCAUGAAUGAUGAAAAAUAAUAUUAUAUAAAUACGUACCAUGAAGAUUUUGUUGGUGUCUAUUAAGAUCUGACUUGUAUUUAAAUGUCGUUGGGCAAAUAGUGCAUGGGAAUCGAAUUCCGAGAUGAGUUUUUUUAUGGGCGAGCAAAUUAUGUUUCAUGGUGAAAACUGACUGACACUGAUCACAAUUAAACAUGAUGUAAAUGUUUAAGAUAAAACGGAUGAAAAUAAAGUGUUUAAACACUUGAAAAAAAUUACACUGAGAAAAAUUGAUAAUACUGUAGUGUAAGGACUGUGAAAAUAUGGAGAGAGCAAAGGCAAAGUAAACGCUAUAGGUGUCUAGAACAGACUGAUUGUCCAUCGGUCGACAACGGAGCAAGUGUCUUAGUAUUUGCGGUGGUGAAGACAAAUUCAGCCAGGGCUAAGUAAAUUAUUAAUUAGGUAUUUACCAUGGUAAUUGUAUACAUCGCUAUAGAUUUUUAACUAUUUUGGGUAUCAAUGUAAUGGACAGAAUUUCAUUACCGAUUCUAGAAACUGACCUGCGCGUGUUGAGCACAAUUGAACGAAAGACCGGCUGGGACAGGCCAUUCCGUUAACAAUAGAACAUGUUAUAUAACGCAUACCGUGCCGUCGUGUUGUUUACGCAGCAUUUGACAAAAAUUAUGAUUAUUAUAUUAUUUCGAGCUAACUUUCAUAAAAAUAGUUGUUAUUAUCGACAUAUACCUCUUUAAGAUUCGCUAUACUUAAAGAAUUAUAAAUUUUGUUUGCUUAUAUAGAUAUAUUUAUUGAUAGGAAAGAUUAUUUAAUUAAAAUACAUCAAGUAGAUACGUAAGUAUUAAAAUAAUAAAAACUGAUGAAGUACUACCACAUUUCAGAUCUACUUGAUCCGAAUUCCGCAUUACGUGCAUCUUCAAUAGUAGAUAUAUUUUUUACAUCGUAUAUAAUAUCUAAUUCGUCUAAAAAUUUAUUUCUUUUUCAAUUUUCAUUAAUUUUAUUCCUUAUAAUUAAAUUAUUUUUACUUAUAAUACAAUUUAAAUCGACAUCUUUACAUUUUAAUUCUAAUAUCUUAAAAAUUAGAUUACAUCAAUAAUUUGAGCUAACCGGAUUUGAUCGUUGAGUGAUACAUUUUAGACUAAUUUUUUUUUUCCAAAAAUCACGUCCUCUGUCACAUUUUAUCUCAUAUACGCUUUCAAAUAGCUCACGUAACAAUAUCUCGAAAUCAUAUCCUGAAAAUUUCGAAAGCUCGUCUAUUAACCAUAUUAAUUUAGUCUUAUUAAAUUUCCUACUUAUAAUUGAAAAGCACUUUGAAUUAUUAACUAAAUGAUAAUUUUUACAAAACCCUCCUUUUUUUAUUCGGCAAUCAUUGCAUAAAAAUGAAAUCGAGCAUUCCACACCUCAUGUAGCUAUAAAUCUUUCCUCAUACGAUUCUCCGAAAAUAAUGUUUAAUACUUCAUUGACUAAAUAAAAAAAAUAACAAUCUAAUAUAACAUAAAAUAAUAUAAUAUAAAAUAUUCUUACAUGAUUCAGUAUCCAUAAUACACUUGGUCUUCGUUUUUGAAAAUGAAUUGAAAAGAUUUUAUAUUAUGUCUGAUAUAGAAAUAAAUAAAUAUACUUAUCAGGACUGAUUAUAAUCAAAAAUUAGAUGUGCUUAUGAGGAAUGAUGAUCGCGUUGUGAUUUUAAUAAAAAUUAUUUUAUGGGUAUUGAUGGAUGAUAUACAACUGCAAACGAUUCAGGUGAAAUAUUCGGUGAAGAUGAUAAAGACGUAUUUCAAGGUAUCGAUAUUCUACGUAUUUUAUCUCACACAGUAUAUUCUUAAAUGUAAUACUUAUAAAUUAAACAGGUUGUUGGGAUUUCUGAAAUAAUAUUAACUAUCGUUUGAUUAAUAAGAAAAGUUUAUUAUUACUACAUAUUUAUACAUUAUAGGUUUAUAUUGUUUUAUUUAAAUUAAAUUAAGCUAAAUUUCUUAUUCUUUGUAGUAUAAAUCUAGCUGUGUCAAAAUCAAAAUCAAAAUAUGAUAAUAUCGUUAACGCAUUCUACGUCCGAUCUACGCUCAUGUUCCCCCUUAUGCAUUCGGAGUCUAUAGACGCAAUUAUUCGCAGACCAUACACUAUAGUCCGGGCAACGAAAACUGUCUGGUGACCGGCGCGACUCUAGCGGCCAUUUCCACUCAGGGGUCGUUAUACUUCCAAAACUAAUUGGCGCGUUUUUUUAAAUUAAUUUAUUAACAUGGUAUAUUAUAUUCAUUUAUUAUUAUACGAAUGAUGGGACAAAAUGGUUAAAAAAAUUAUUAUUAUAAAACAUUAUUCAAUAUAUAUAUUAUACAUACAAUUUAUUUAUUGUUAAUAAUAAUUGCAAAACAAUUUACAAAUAUAUUUUAUAUAUACAUUAAAUAAAAUAAAUCAUAAUAUAAAAUAAUAAAAUAAUAGUUAUUCCAAUUCCUCUGUAUCUGAUUCUUCAUCACUGAAAUCGCUAUCAUCAGGCAUUAUCGUCAAAAUUAUUGGUUCCAUUAAGGUGUCUCUAAGGAUUUCCUUUUGGUUAUCUAACUCUUGUAAUUGUUCGGCAUGUCUUACACACUUUUCCCAAUCCUCUUUGGUUACCGCAUCUAACGCUUCGUGGGUAAGACGUUCGAUAUCCACCAUCUUGAACGUAUUGUUGUUUUUCGCCACUCGACUCUUAACUUGGGCCCAAAUAAGUUCGAUUGGGUUGUAUUGGCAAUGGUAAGGAGGUAACCGUAUUACUUCUUGUCCAUUUUCUAAAGCAAUUUGGUCAAGCAAAUAUUGCUUUUCGCGUGGAAUUAAGGCUUUAAUUUUUUGGUGAAGUUCUGGUAACGUUUCAAGCGGGCUAAAUUCAAUAUUUUUUUCAGUUAACCAUUUUUGUACGUCAGCUUUUCUCCAAUUGCUUUUUGGAUAAUUUUCUGCCAACGUGGAAUGAUAUGACGCAUUGUCCAUAACUAUGACAGACGGUUCUUCAAGAUUAUUUAAUAGUUCAAUAAACCAUUUUUGAAAUACUUCAGCAUUCAUCUGACUAUGAUAGUCGGCGGUAUUGCCUGUAUUACUACGGAAUACUAGCUUGGACCCUUGAAUAAACCCGUAACGAGAACAUCCAGCGUGACACACGAUAAGCCGACCUCCUUUUCCUGUAGGAACUUUCAAACCUUCAGUGCUACAUUCAUUUUGCCAUAUCAUUGACCUCGAAUGGUUUUGGUUGACCCAUGUUUCGUCAAUAUACACGAUAGGGCGAUCAUCUUUUGCCUUGCGCAGCGUACAAAUUUCUCGAAGAAAUUUACAUCGAAGUGCAACAAUGUCAUUUCUCUCCAUUAAAAUUUUUCGACCAUCAUUACACUUUUUAUAAGAAAAUUUCAAAUUCUUCAAUAGAUUUCGCACCGAACGUAAGCACCCAGUAUAAUUGAUUUUCUGUCUUAAAGCGUUCAAUAUUAAAUUCGCAGUUGGGUACUCACCUCGAUCGUAGAACUCAUGUACCGUUCUUCUAACGACAUCUGAAUCAAAAUCGUCGAGCUCUGAUACAAUUUUCGCACGUUUGUAGCCUUUGCGUGGAGAUUUGAAUGAUACAACUGACUUUGAUUUAUCGGGUUUAUCUUCUGCAUGUUUUGCUUCAGAACAAAUACGUCUGACAGUGCGCUCUGACAAUCCACAAGCUUCGCCGGUACGUAUUUGAGCUUGUUUAAAGAAAUCGGCAGUUAAAUCCGGUUUUGAUGACAGUUCUUUUAAAUAUUUAUAAACAUUAUAAACAAUUUGUUUACUCUGGCUGCGUGUAUCACUAUUACUUAAAGACAUUUUUAAUAGAUCCUUGUACAAAAAUGUAUUCAAACACAAGAAAAAAACAAAUAUUCACAAAUAGACAUCGAUGUAACUCGAUAAGUCCAUUCCCUUAUCCCCUCACCAGAUAUACGCGCUUGUAGUAACAAACAGUAGACCUCUCUCAAAGCGGUAUUUAUGCGGCGAGUAACAUUAUUUUCGCUUAUCUCACUAUGUAUAAAUUAAAUAUAUAUAUAUAUCAAUAUAAUUUAAAUAUUAACAGUUACCCAUUGAGGAAAAUGUUUUCGUUUGUUGUAGUAAAUCCAACAGGUGUCGGUAAACGGUCAUCUUCGUGAACACGACACAUAUUCAAUUUUCAAGUAAAAUAAUAUAGUAAAACUAAUCUCUUAAUAACACUAUACGACUGGUCAACGUUAUAUAGCACGACUGGUUAUAAAUGUAUGUGAUUUGAAAUAUAUAGUCUACCUAAAGAUUUAUAUACAAUGGUUGUUCACUGUUCAGUGAAACCUUUGUAGAAUAGAUGCCUACAUACGGAGAAUUGUAUGUUACUCGUAGAAACAUACGAUAUUAUUUUCAAAUGAUAUUAUUAUUAAAUAUAAUUUAAAAAAUAAUAUAAGCUAUCGUAUGGUUAUAAAGAAAAAUUUAUUAUUACUAUAUACAUUUUUUUUUUACAUUUGUUUUUUUGAACCUUUGUAUGCAUCCAUAUGACGAUUCAUCUUUUCAUUAUUACCGUCUUCACUCCAAUUAUUCUCGUACGCAUUCAUAAGUUCAAUCAAAUGUAUGUCAUACCCAUCAUCGGAUUCAUUUGGAGCGGGACUCAUGUUUCGUUGCAAUGUAUCAGGAAUUAAAUUAUGUUCCCCAGGUGGUCUUUGCAAAGGCGGGUUUAACAUGCUGGGUGAGAUAGUUGACUGUGUUUCACCUUCCAGCAACAAAUCGUUUCCCACUCUAAGCACAACCAGUCUCGGCGUUGUAUCCACGAACAUGUCGGGUGAGGAUGGUUCAGACUGAAUCGGUGACAAAGAUCGGAAAGGGUUUUGAGGUGACCGUGGUAAUGAUGGUGAUGCGGGUGAAUGAAAUGGUGAAAACAUACGAUACCAAAUACCCAUCUGCGACACUCGGUGGGUGGAGUACCCACUAUCUUCGGAUGGAGUCUAAAUAAUAAAUAAUAAAUAAUAUUAACUUUAUUUGUGUAUUUUAUUAUUUUAAAAUUAUAAACUUACUACGGCCCCAUAUCCGUUUUCAUCUUGUUCGUAAUCGUCCUUUCUUCGAUAUUCAUACCCGUCAAAACUUGGUGUUGAAUUAUUAGACAUAAUAGAUAAAGUAAUCACGAACGAAAUAAUAAAUAUAAAAAAAUAUUUUAAGUAAACGUAAUGUCAAAUAAAAUAAUGUUUCGCUACAAACGUAUCUGAAUAAAUCUAAUAGUAUACUGUGUUGGUAAAAAUAAUUUGUGAUGUGUAUUAUAACACAUCUGGUUUAAAAAUAUAUCCCACCUAAAGAUUUAUACACAAUGGCUGAUCAGUAAAACCUUUGAAGAAUAGAUGAUGACAUACUGAGAAUUGUAUGAUAGUUGGAGAAACAUACGAAAUUAUUUUUAAAUAAUAUUAUUAAACGAAAUUUACGGUGGUGGCUCGAAUACAUGUACAAUAAUAUGGUGCGAGUACGGUAAAUGGUGAAUGUACAAUAAUAUGGUGUGUGUACGGUAAUAUGGUACGUGUAAUAUAUUGUAAUUGAAAAAUUACAAGUCGUUGUUCAUUUAUUAACUUCAUCGCGGUACGUGCAUAUUACUACAGAUUUUAUGAAAAAAAUAUUCGGGUUCAUGGGACAUAAUAUCUUGUCGUUCAUAUCAGACACACCACAAAAAUAUAAGCGAGUUAUAUUUUAUGAAGACGAAAAAAUGAAACUAUCGAGUAGGUAUGACGUACAGCGGAGAAAAUGUGUUGGUGAUCGAAAUAAAAAUCGUGAUGGAUGUAGAGUACUGUUGAAUCGGAGCGACCUUCUUCGACUUCAAUAUCUCGAAUGUUCUAUUUUCGAGAGCAUCGUGCGAAAAGAAGUAUUCACCGCUCUGUUGAUUAUAAAACAAUAUGAAGAAAUUGUCGUGUACCUCGACAAGAAAUGUAGGCAGCAUAAAUCACCACCGAAAACUGUUGACGAGAUGGUAGUUUUCAUUAAGAACAUACAAGACGAUCGAGUUGUUAAAUCUAUACCAAAUGAUACCGCGUUCAGCGCUUAAUAAUAUAAAUAAGUUGUGCCUUCACGACUGUGAGGUAGGCAACAUAAUAUGAAGCACUACCUCAGUGCGUUCAAAUAAAAUAAUAAUAAUAUGAAGAGUUGGUAGCAAUUAGUUUAUUUGAUUAUAAUGAUAUAAACUAAUACAACAUAAUAUAAAAUAAUUGGUAACCAAUAUAAUAUAAAUGCAAACAAUUGUUAAUCAAUAUAAUGUAAAUGCAGAACAAAAUGGUAACUAAUAUAAAAUAUAAAUGCAAUUAUUCAAUGGUACGUGUACGGUAAUAUGAUAAGCGUAAUUGAUAACCACGGCAGCGGUGUAAAAAUACGCCACACACGUAGUGGCUGGGUCUGCGGCAGGAGGCGGGGGUAUAUGAUGGUCAGGGGGCAGUGGUGUAAAAAUACGUCACACACGUAGUGGAUCAGGCGGUGUGGCUCAUGCGGAACAUACGUCACACACGUAGUGGGCGGAGGGGUUUGCGGGGUUGGUAAGGCUCAGUUAGGCUCAUGGGCUCAGGGGCUUAUGUUUCAGAACUGUCUAUUAUAUACUACUAAUGUGUUAUUUAUUAACGCAUCCGUUUCAAACCUGCCCGUUUUUAACGCGUUAUAUUUUUGUUUGAUAUUCGUCCUCGCUUGAAUUAUAUCCGUCAAUAUCGUAGGCGAUGAUGCUGUCGAGUUGUUCUCCUUAUCCAUGAUCCCGAGUUAAUGCAGCAAAUUUGAGCUCGCCGUUUUUUUAUAUAAUGACGUACUUGACGAAGCCGUGCCUGUAACGACCGUUAUCACGCGCGUUUUCACUACUGAUAACGACGAAUUCAAAUCGCCCUCCCCGGGGUGCGUUCGAAUAUGAAUAGUUAAAAAAAGUACGUUUAAUUAGGGUAGAGUUAGAGUAGAGUAGAGUUUAUCAGCUGUACUCUAAACCAUAUUACUCCGAAUAACCGAACGAUAUAUUGUUAUCAAUCUUUACGUACUGAUAAAUGAUAAACUAUACCAUAUCAAUUUAUAAAAUAUUUAAAAAUAAGAAAAUCAAUUUAAAUUUAAAUAUACACUUUGGAGUUGGAAACAUUAAUUAUACUAAACUAAUUAAUUACUACCUGUCCUAUUGUUUGUCUACCAAUUAUACAUAACAUUCAAUUAGGUAUUGCAAGAUGAGUCACGAGAGUACAGAACUAUUUAUGAUGAUAGAUUCAAUGGGGAAAACAUUGAACAAUGAGUUAAAAAGAAAAUUUGUUCUUAUUGACGUUGAUAGUUCAGAUGAUGAAUUCGAUUAUGAAUUUAUUAAUCGUUUACGGGGCAAUAGAGUAAAACCUUUUAGAGUGCAAGAUUUUAUCUCUCAGACAAUACCAAAUUUCACACAUAAACAAUUUCAACAGCACUUUAGGUUGUCACCAACCUCAUUUGAAAGAUGUUUACAAAUUUGUGCUCCCCUUCUAAAGAAAACUUGUGUAGAAGGACGCAAAGGUUCAGAUGAGAGGUUACAACUAUUGUCAGUUAUUUGGUUAUUGGCUACACCAGAUAGUUUUCGAUCAGUUUCUGACAGAUUUGAUGUUGGUAAAAGUUCUCUGCAUGAUAGUUUUGUCCGUGUAACUACUGUUUUACAUAGAUUAUUCCCUACAAUUAUUAAGUGGCCUGAAAUUGAACAAAUGAAUCAAAUUCAACUUAAUUUUGGUAAGAUGUCAAAGACUGGUUUAAAUAAUAUAAUAGGUGUUAUUGAUGGAUCAUAUAUUCCAAUACCUGCACCUAAGAAAUCAGCAAAUUCCUAUCUUACUAGAAAAUGUUUUCAUGCAAUAACAUUACAAGGUGUAUGUGAUGAUAGAUUGAGAUUUAUUGAUGCAUUUGCUGGUUAUCCUGGAUCUGUAGGUGAUAGAAGAAUAUUCACUAACUCUUUAAUUUAUGAACGAAUCUUGCAAAACAAAAAUAGAUAUGUUCCAGGUCAAUAUUUCAUUGCUGCAGAUAAGGCAUAUCCAAUACUCGAAUGGUGCAUUCCACCAUAUAUUGAUAGAGGUACCCUUUCUGAACAAGAAAAGUUUUUUAAUGUUUCAUUGUCACGUGCUAGGCAGUCCAUUGAAAGAUACCAAUACUCACAUAACAGUUGAGACACACCUGGUUUUACACCCACGCUACCGCACCAGGGCCUGUAAAUAUGUCAAAUAAGUUACAAUAAAAACAAAAUUGACCCUGCGUACCUGCGAAUGUGUGCCGACAACUGUUCACGAAGAACUCACACCAAUGAAACACUGAAUGCAGCCGGGACAGGAUCUUUAGCACACGCUACUGUCCCCACGAGCAACAAGGUACAUCAAAACACGUUAAAUCACUACACAAAUCUCUGGUAAUUUUGACCACCCAAAACUGGGGAUAAACAAGUUAAUGAAGGCAAUAAAAAUGCUGAGAACGAUAAUUACCAGACGACGAAUUCACAAAAUCAUAACAACGUGGUUUGGGACGACUGCAAACAGAAUAUGUAGAACGAAAAACAAUGCUGACUGGACAGCGACAAAAAGUGAAGUAGUUGACUUUUACAUGUCACGGAUGAAAUACACGAAGAUACUCAAAUGAACGGUCUUUCAGUGUCACCACACCAAACACUAAACAAUGGAAAAAUUAGAAACUUUGUGACACUGAAAGCAUGACAAACCGAAACAACUUAAAAGUUUUGAACAUAACCGAAUAAAAUAGAAAACACUGAUAAUGGUUCCACAGCUGGCCGGUCACACACGAACGCCUGAUAAGCGUCUGCCGACAAGGCUGCAACUGUGGAACGCACCGAUACAUGCACAUGAAUAUGAUAACAUAAAUAAUACAACAUCAAUUUGUUUUGCGGCGCAAACACCAAAUUUCUCCAAUCAAAUACAGAUGUGUACAGCUGAACAGUUAGCUGAAUCAUUGUUACACCAGAGGGUAAACAACUCGCAUGAGUAUUCCAAUGAAACGACGGUCAUUGGUCAUUUCGCCAAUAUCGUCACCAACACCAAUGUCACCACCUACACCGAUGUCAACACCACCACCGACAUCACCACCACCGAGUUUCACAAUGCAAUCGCCGAACGGAGCAGUCGAUGAAAACGAUGGGCCGUAUAUUUCAUCACGCGAUCAUUAUCGAAAACGUGCAACUUCGAUUCAGCCGUAUCGAAAAUGUAUUUUGUACCAAAACGUAAACUAUUUUAAUUUCAGAUAUGUAUUGUGUAAAAUAAAAAGACAUGUAUAUAAAAAAAAGUAUUUUUAUUUAUUAAUAUUAAGUUUUACAAUAUUUACAAGGUUCUUACUUCCCCGUUAAACGGAUUGUAAGUUAUAAUUUGGUCGUGUAAUAUUAAACAAUAUGCUGAAGUGGAAGCUGGAAACGCUUCGUCUGCUUCUAGUUCAAUCCUUAGGUCGACAGUUGACAUUUUUACAUUAUCGUUCUGCUUGCUCAUAUCAACAACUAUAAUCGGACACAGAUUUUUUAAAUCUGAUCGGUUCAGUAGAGGUGUCACUUCGUCAUGGCCGCAGUAAGAUUUUUGAAACUCUACAUAGGCGCGGUAUAAUGUAGCCAACCUACCAGUUUGAAAUCCGAUUAUGAUAUAUCUAGGUUUUUCUAAUUUGUUAGAUGUCUUCACUUUCCAAGAAUGCGAAGUGUUUUGAGGUAAAAAAAGAUAUUCACACAACUCCCACGAUCUAAACGCGCAUGCCAACGGUUUCUGAUUGUUUACUACUUUCAACAAUCUUAUUUUUUCUUUAUCACUGACCUUGACUAUGGGCAUUCUCCAUAAUAUUUUUGUUAUGUUUAUUUUCACGUCUUUUAGUUUAGGAGCGUCUGCGACAACUUCAUUAUUCUUAUACUGCUUAACGGCUUUAUAUCCAGUGAUGCUCUGUUUAAUAUAAGUUGUUGGUUACAAUUUAUUAAAAUACGUUUGUAAUCUUCACAAAAACCGAACAAAUCUUUAAGAUUAUUACAACCAUUAAAAUUGGCGCUUUCAAUAAAAUCUUUAUUUGCAUUUUUAAUAUCGUGAUCCCAGCCAGAGUUGUGAUGUGAUGUAAUAUUCGUUUUAUUAUACGAACAAUAUCCCUUUAAUGUAGUCGUUAUACCUGGAUUAGCGAGUUUUUAAAUUUGAAUGCCGUUUAUCUCAUAUUUCAUUUCGGAGAAAAGAAACGCCAGCCCGUUGUUUAUAAAUCGGAUGUCAUCAGUAAUAUCUGCAGGUUUCAUUAUUGUUCCUUCGAUGUAAAUAUAACUCUCACAUGGUAAAGUUAAGAUUCUGUGUUAUGUAGUGCGAUACGCACUUCAUCGUUAUUGGAGAGAGCUGACGUAGAAUAAGGUAAAAAAGAAUGAUAUUCAAUUUCAGUUAUCAUUGCUAUUCUGCAAUCGUCGGUUUAUCCGGCCGUAACAUCUAAAUACAUGUCGUCCAUAUUAAAUAGCGUUUAACGAACGUAAAAAAGCUAAAUUGGAUGCUGUUAGACUGUGUACAACUUGUCUUCGUGUCGAAUUUUUCUUCAGAGUUGUUGUCCGGUUUGUGUUAUUAACGCGACUAAUGGACUUUACACGUGCAGUCCUAUAUAUAUUAAAAAAUUGCAAACCCAUAUCACGAGUCUUGAAUUAAUAAACUUACCGAUAUCGGCUCACCUCGUAGAUCGAUCAACUCUUUGUUCUGAUUUUUUAAAAUUAUACUAGUGUUGCGUCCCGACUAGGUCGAUUCAUGCAUCAACGUACAAAAUAAAUACGUCGUGUUGUUCAAGUAUAAGUUAAUUGUUUAUUAAAAUAGUUCUUGCACGAAUACAAAUAUUAUAAGCUUAAAGUAAAAUAUAUAAAAUAAGAUGGUGAGUGGUGUUACGACCUGCCUCAGAAACUGAUAUCAAAAUGACUUGAGUGGUGUUACGACCGGCUUCUGAGUGUCAUAGAUAUCCCUAUUCGUUGGUUAUACAGUAACCGUCUGUCGAGCUCUUGUCUCGGUCCUUCUUAUAUAUGAUUUCUUACAAGAGUGGGCGGUGAUUCCGUCAUACGAGGGGUCUCGGAAUGACUGCUUGUGUAUUCUUACCCAUGAUUCUUAUCGAAUCGUUAAGACACCGAGUUUCGACUUUUGUAAAGAGACGUGUGAUUUUACUUUAAUUGUCAAAUUAUUAUACUAAUAUAAUAUUCCACUGUCUCGUGUCCUGUACUUGUGUGCCUGUAGUAUUAAUUUUAUAAGUUAGGGAAUUUGACAUUGUAUGAUCUUAUGCAUAUAAAAUAAUUGAUACGGACAGUACAGGUCCGUAACACCUCCCUACCAAAAAAAAGAUUUAUGUUUAAAUCUUUAAACAGAAAUCUAAAAUAAAAUUUACAUGUAAGAUUUCUUAAUACUUAGUGUUAGUGU